ACACGAGCAAUACAUAGAACUAUAGUAUAUUCUCAUCAAAAUCAAACAGGUUCUAGUUUUUAGCUAAGUAGAAUGCCUACGUAAAUCCUAUUUUUUGAAGUUGUAUAUUUUCCUUAAUUAAUUAUGUAAUUAAUUCUUGUCCCGACGAGACAUCAGUUUAAUCAUCUUUGAAGUGUGUUUAGUCAGACUUUGGGUGAGAAAUCUUAUCUUUAUGAAGAUUAUGCCUCGAAAACGUUUCAAUUUUCAGUCACGAAUGAAAUUAAUAAACUGGUUGAAAUUUGAGCCACCUAACAAUUUAUCGCGACGAUUUUAUUUUUUCAAUUAAAAUUAAUUGCGUGUAGUGCAUAGGUGAUGGAUACUUGAUAUAAAAACUGAUAGAGUCUGAUGUGGUAUUUUUGAUUCUAUUAUACGAUGAGUUCAUUUCUAUUUUGAUUUUUUUCUCAAGUCGUUGAUGUCGACUUCAGUUGACAGUAUUUUCUUGUGAAAUUCAGCUGGGUUUUGUCUAAUAUAGUGAGGUUAUACGGGCAUUGUAUUAAUCUUAUAAAGAAUAAUCAUCUGAAAAAAUCAGCUUCCUGAUAUACGCGUAUAAAUACUCGUUGGAAUAUUCCGAAUCAUAUUAUCGAUCAAAUCACGAACACGAUGGGUGACAGUAAUAAAUGGCCGGAAGAUGUCGGAAUCUUAGCGAUCGAAUUCAUAUUUCCGAAAGAGUACGUCGAUCAAACCGAACUUGAGCAAUUCGAUGGCGUUUCGGCUGGAAAAUACACCAUAGGAUUAGGUCAGAAAGAAAUGGGCUUCUGUUCGGAUCUGGAAGACAUAAAUUCGUUAUGUUUAACAGCUCUGAAUAAAUUAAUCGAGAAUAACAAUUUAAAAUACGAAGAUAUCGGAAGAAUAGACGUGGGCACCGAAACCAUCGUGGACAAAUCGAAAAGUGUGAAAACCGUGUUGAUGGAUUUAUUCAAAGAUAGCGGUAAUUUCAAUAUCGAAGGCUUAGAUACGACCAAUGCUUGCUACGGUGGUACUGCUGCUUUAUUUAACGCUUUGUCGUGGAUCGAAUCGAGCUACUGGGAUGAACGAUUAGCGGUGGUGAUAGCUGGUGAUAUUGCCGUUUAUGCAAAAGGCAACGCUCGUCCGACUGGCGGAGCUGGUGCAGUAGCUAUGCUAAUCGGUCCGCAUGCUCCUAUCGUAGUAGAACGAGGUUUACGUAGUACGUAUAUGGCUCAUGUGUACGAUUUCUAUAAACCCGAUUUAACUUCGGAAUAUCCCAUCGUUGAUGGACAACUAUCCAUUCAGUGUUAUUUAUCGGCUUUGGAUGCCUGUUACAAGACGUACCGCGUAAAAACGAAAGAUCCUGAGUUUCGUAUCGAUAAACUAGACGCUAUGGUGUUCCAUUCGCCGUAUUGUAAAUUAGUGCAGAAAUCCAGCGCUAGGUUAUUAUUCAAUGAUUACGUAUUAUGCCCGGAUAAGCAGAAAUAUUAUCCGGAAUUGGAGCAUUUGAAAGACGUGAAACUCGAAGAUACGUAUUUCGACCGCGAUAUCGAAAAAUUGUUUUUAACUCGUGGUCAAAAAGUGUUCGAUACCAUGACGAAAAAAUCACUGCUGCUGGCGAGUCGUGUUGGAAACAUGUAUACAGCAUCGGUGUACAGCUGUCUCGCUUCCUAUCUAACGACUACUCCUGCUGACGAAUUGCCGGGUAAAAGGAUAGGUAUUUUUUCGUACGGUUCGGGGCUGGCAUCCUCUAUGUAUUCGGUAAAAAUUAAAGGAGGUCCUCAUCUGGACAAAUUAAUCAACAGUAUUUGUAAUAUUACGGAGAAACUCGAUUCUCGUAAAAAAGUUUCACCUCGUGAAUUUUCUGAUAUCCUUCAAAAACGUGCUGAAACCUUGCACGAUGCUCCGUUUACGCCAUCCACAUCAACCGAUACUUUGUUUCCGGGCACGUGGUAUCUGAGCCAUAUUGAUGAAAAGCAUCGUAGGAAAUACGCUAGAAAAACGUAAAAGGUGUGUGUGAAUCGUCCAUAGUACCAUCUGCAGCUAUUCGUGUUAAUUUCAGAUCAUGAAUUUAUGAAAUGCUCGUUUUUCUUUGUAGAAUGAAUUCUGUGAUGUUUAAAAUUAAUUUAUUCGGAUCAUGUUUUUGAAGUAAUUAUUCGGGAUAUUUGGUUACCAUCGGCAUUGCAUUGUUGUACUUAUGUUGAAAAAUAUACGUAAAGAUGAAAUAUUGUUAUUCCAUAAUUUUUUUAAGUUAAUUUACGUUAUGUUUUUCAUUUUUUUUUUUUUUUUUUUUUUAGGAGAUGACCAAGUAUUUUAAUUUUAAUAUUUUUCCCGAGUUAUUACGUUAAUUAUUUUAGUUUAGUACUUUACGUGUUAAAUGGUCUGUUGAUUAGGUUUUUAAUUAAUAUUUUUUACCUGAAGUAUACUUGUGCAAUUUGAAUUUAUAAUCUUGAGAACAAUUUUCAUAAUCAAAUAUUAUUACUUUAAACCUCGAUGUAAUCAAACUCAUUGAUGACAUAACGUUUGUGUAAAAAUUCAAUAUUGGUUACUUAUUUUGUGUCUGUAGAAGAAAGUAAGCCAUCAUCACGACAUUUGAAGAAGUUCAGCGCCAUUCUUGCUUACUAGUGGUUAUUUGGAUACAUAAUUUUUUUGUUGUUGUACAAUGCUAUCAGUUGUGUCUGUGUAAUAAAGUAAUUCUAUUAUGUUA